AAAAAUGAAAACAAAAGCAAACCUCCAGAAUUCCACAUCAACAUUUCUCUACGCACGCAUCCACUACUGCCAAAACGAGUCGACUCCACCUCCACUAUCAUUAAAUUUCAAGUAUAUCCACAGUAUUUUAAUAAAAGAAAUAAAUAAUUAAUAUAAAAGGUCUAAACCAAUAACAUACUAAAUAGUAUUUUGAUUUGGAACUUCCAGAGUGAAACUAGUUCUCUUAUAGGAUGAUGUAGAAAAUCGAUAUUUCCACUACCAUUUAUACCACAGAAGACAACUUUAACAAAAUUUCCAAGGAAACAAAGUUAUCCCUUAAAAAUGACUCGUUUGAUGUCCAAGCAAAAGGUUCGAUUGUUUGAGCUUCUGGAGGAAAACUAUUACAUUCUAUCAGGUACCCCUUUCCGUGGGAAUGUAAUAAAAACAGCUAAAUGGGAAGAAAUCAGAGAUAUUUUAAAUGAACUAGGUCCAGCAAAGACAACAGAAAAAUGGAGAAGGGUAUGGACAGAUAUUCGAAAAACCUUGAAAAAGAAGAUUUCUUUGAGACAAACGUAUGAAGCCAAUGGCGCCAAAGUACCCGAUGAAUUAAUCUACUCAGAAAGUGAUCUUUGGGUCAUUCGAAUAUGUGGAAUGGAUGUUAUUGAAAAGCCCGUUAAAAUUGUUAAGCAGGAAAUUAUAGAUACGGAUGAUUCUUAUUCUGGCACACCGUGUUCAAGUGUGGUACCUAAAAGCAAAGGAAAACCAACACGUUCAAGUGAACGUGUUAGUAAACGAAAAACUCGGCAAACAAAAUCUAUACCUGAUGAGAUAAUUGAUGAUGGAAGUUUGCUAUGUCCACUUUUAGUAUUUUCGGAUGACAAAUCGACACAAUGUUCGGAAAGUCCUUCAAAUUGUAGUCCUCAGAAAAAGAAAGCAAGAAAUGCCAGCAGAAUAGUUGAAGAUGAACCUGUUGAAGCUGAUACUAGCAAGGAAGAUUUAAAGAAAUUGGUUUAUUUACAAAGAAGACAAUUGGCAGUUACAAGGCAAAUUCAUGAAAGACAAAAAUGUCAUAAUGCUGAUCAGAGGCAGUUUAAUGCCAGAGUUACAAAUCUAUUGGAGGAAAUUCUUCAGCAACUGAAAAGAAAUCAAACGGCGAAAUAAAAUUUAAUAUUAUUUUUUUUUUAAUUGUAAACUGACGAUGAAACAUUUUGAUUAUUUUUAAUAGUUUUUUUUUUAUGUUAAAUACAUAAUUUUUAAAUGUAAAUGUAUUUUCAUAUAUUUUUGAUAUUGAUAUACACUUUGGACCGGGUUA